UUGAAGCGGGCGACUCGCGCAUGCGCGUUAAGGUGACUCUAGAAGCCGAGUGCGCGGGCGAGGCGGUCUUCAUCUGGGGCGGGAGUGCUCUCUGCUGCUUUCAGGACCGGGCUCUAGGAAUGUCCUGGCUGUAAGUAAGGCGCUGCUGCUGUUAGAGGUUCUCCUUGGGCCGAGGGCUUCACUCCGCCUCAGGUGAGCAGGGCCAGGCGGCGACAGGAGCUGCGGGCCGCCGGGUGAGUGCGGCGCGGGGCUGAGGCUGCGCGGGGCGGGCCGUGAAUCAUAGCGGUCUAGGUGCGGGCCUGAGCUGCGCGCUGAGGCCAUAGGUCGGACUGAGGAACGCUCGGCAGCCCCGCUGUGGGCAGCCCCGGUUGAGCCCUCACCUGUUUGUCGGACUGCGCCCUGCUGCAGCGUGUGGCCCUUUGUGCGAAGGGGUCUUUUCAUCACGUCUGUCCCUUAGGACCAUGGAUGCUUCCUGAGGCCUUUAGCGGAAGCAGCCGCCGUGGUGCGGGACCGGGGACCGGUUUGUGCGUGUGGUGCUGUGCGUGUCAUCUUGGAGGAAUAUGAUGUUGCUGCUCCAGUAACUUGCUAGAAAUAUUGGCUUAUCUAUGCCUCUGCUUGUGGCGCCUAUCCUUUCUCAGCAUAACCCAGCAGAGGAAGAAAAGCAGACAAGCUGCAGAGAAUUUCAAGCAAGCAAAGCAGGAUGGAUGGGAAGAAGUGGUACCAAGUCAAGAAUGACCUGACUUCAGCAGAGCUCAAGCCUCUUUAAAGAGUUCUGUCAUCCAGAAGGCUGAAAAACACUUAAACAAAAAUGGAAGGAGGCAACAGUCCACACGUGCAACUUCAGCAAAUCCCAGUGGCCACAGCAGCAGUUUCUGUGCAGCCACACGCAGACUCCUUUUCUUAUAAGGAGAACUUGAUUGGUGCAUUACUAGCUAUUUUUGGGCACCUUGUUAUCAGUAUUGCACUCAACCUCCAGAAAUACAGCCAUAUCCGGUUGGCAGGUUCCAAAGAUCCCCGAGCCUAUUUCAAAACCAAGACAUGGUGGUGUGGACUUUUUCUGCUGGUUCUGGGAGAACUGGGGGUGUUUUCUUCUUAUGCCUUUGCUCCUCUUUCACUGAUUGUGCCUCUCAGUGCAGUGUCUGUUAUAGCUAGUGCAAUCAUAGGAAUUAUAUUUAUUAAAGAAAAAUGGAAGCCCAAGGAAUUUUUGAGGCGAUAUGUUUUGUCCUUUGUAGGCUGUGGUUUGGCAAUUGUUGGAACUUACCUGCUGAUUACAUUUGGACCUAAUAGUCAUGAGAAGAUGACAGGGGAAAAUAUCACUAGGCAUUUAGUGAGCUGGCCGUUUCUGUUGUAUGUGCUUGUAGAGAUCAUCAUAUUCUGCCUGCUACUAUAUUUUUACAAGGAGAAAAAUGCAAACUACAUUGUAAUAAUUCUCCUGUUGGUAGCUUUGUUGGGUUCCAUGACUGUUGUGACAGUGAAGGCUGUGGCAGGCAUGAUUGUUGUCUCAAUACGAGGAAACCUCCAACUCAACUACCCGAUAUUUUAUAUCAUGUUGGUGUGCAUGAUUGCUACAGCAGUCUUUCAAGCAACAUUUUUAGCUCAAGCUUCACAGCUCUAUGACUCAUCUCAGAUUGCGAGCAUUGGCUACAUCUUGUCGACAACAGUAGCUAUCACAGCAGGAGCAACUUUCUACCUGGAUUUCACUGGUGAAGAUGUUCUUCAUAUAUGUAUGUUUGCACUUGGAUGCCUCAUAGCGUUUCUAGGUGUCUUCCUGAUCACAAGAAAUAGAAAGAAAUCUGUACCGUUUGAACCCUAUAUAUCAAUGGAUGCUAUGCCAGGCAUGCAAAACAUGCAUGACAAAGGGAUUGCAGUUCAGCCUGACCUCAAAGCUUCUUUUUCCUAUGGUGCCCUAGAGAACAAUGACAACACGCCAGAAAUUUAUACACCAGCUACACUGCCCAUAGUGCAGGAGCAGCAUGGUUCCAGAGGAGUUUCUGCUCCACCAUACCGCGUGCUGGAGCACAGCAAAAAGGAGUGAAUGACCUUUAAGGAACUGAUUUUGACUCAUCAGAAGUAUGCCCUUUAUUUAUUUACCUGAUUAACAUAUAGGCAAGUGUUAAGCCAACUUUGAUACAGUUUGAAGUUUGUCUCAAACUUAACUUUUAAUUUUUUUUUUAAAUAAGCAACUCUGUAGUUGUGAAGUUGAAAGCAUUCCUCUUAGCAAGAAGUAAAUUACAGUCCUCUGUUGAAGGCUGCUGUCUGAGAGCAUGAAAUACUGAAUACAGUAUCAUGGCUUUAGGAAACUAACGAAAAAGCAGCUGCUGUGAGAAUGCAGAGCUCUGGGAAGAGAAGUAACCAUGUAAUUUUUAGCCCUGCUGGGAGUGGUUUUAUUUUCAAAUAGAGGUUUUCAGGAGUUGUUCACAGUGAGAGGAGGAAAGGAUUUAAUCUUCUACGUAGAGAGACAGAUGGAUUUUUAGAAAAGUUGUAAACCCUCAUGUUUCUAAUGUAACCAUCAUGCUACCUUAGCAUGGCAAUAAAAUCUAACUGUUUUCACGAACGAACACUGAAA